CACGCUUGCCAACGAGUCUGAUUACAACUACCAGGCUUCUCAGGCUAGUUUCUGACAGCUCGACACUACUUCUCUGAACCGCGACAAACUCAAAGUCAACCGACUCGCUGCCGUGCGAAAUUGAUACGGGUCGCGCUUUCUUCACUAAGCCCUCCAAGGAAAUCUGAUUGUUCGAUGCGCUAGCGGAUCGACGAGCACGAAUACCACCACGGGUCGCAAUGACAGCGGGACUAACGCGAACGCAAUCGAGAAAGUUUAACAAAAGCAGAGGCGACGAGCGCGGGAACUCGCCAGGCGAGGGUAGUAAUAGUCAUCACAGUCGUAAUGGCGUGGUGCAGAGUGUCGUGAUCGAUAUCACAGUCGCACAUCCUGUCAUUCCUCCACGGAUUUCCUCCUUAGCGUGGCACGACACUGAGUCAAAGGGUAGCAGUAUGGCGAGUUCCACUAGUGCUGCUGCUAUGGACGGGGACGCCAUGGCACCGCCGAAUGGUCACCAUGACCAUGAGGUUGGUGCAGGCCCGCCACUACCACUACCACCACCAUCACUUCCGCAGACACCCCGCGUAUGGGAUGUUGUGACGACCGAGGAUACUACUGCAGAUUUGGGUUCUACCUCUAACUACUCCAUAACAAUUCCCAUGGAAAACACGUUCUUCAAAAGUGAUAACCUCAUCCCUAAGUUUCCCGAUACGGAUGCUCUGCAACCUGCAGCACCACCAAGGAAGGCGACGCCACCACCAGCAUCCCUCCCACUUGUGGUUACGAGUCGCCCGUCCUCUGGUUCCUCUCAGGUCUCGCUCGCUCCGUCGCACUUGUCUGCUAGGUCGUUGGCAGCCGGCCCGUCUUCCUUGGCGACGUCGUGGGCGUCUAAGGGAAACGUCGGCAACGAUUGUCAAGCCGAAGGCGAGGUAGGGUUAGAGUUGGAAAUGAACGCAGAAGAGGGGAAUAUGGUCAGGAGUAGUGAGGUGAUCGAUUUAGUUGGAGAAGAGGGUGAAGAGGAACAGGAACGUGCUCAGGAGUUGAGGCAGCCACCGGAGGAGGCGUUAAUACUGCAUACCGCAUUACCCACGCCGGGGAUGCUAGGGUCAAGAACUGGGGGAGAAUCGGGCAAAGGAGGGGCAGUGCUGGAAGGGGGUGAUCACGUUGCGCCUCCAAAUGAUACUGUGGGAGAAGCGGAUAUCGUGGACGCACUGUGGCACCCCCUCUCGAGCGAUCCACUUUCGGACGAGAGGGAUCACAGCUUCGAUCCUGAUGGCGAUCAGAUAAACAGCCCACCUGUUAGGGAGGUAGAAACGCGCAGGAGAAGCGUUCAGUUCUCGGAAAGCUGUUCCUCUGAAACAGACGAGAAGAAAAGGCCCGCGGAGUGCCAUAGGGCCUCACUCAAACUUUCUGCAUCGGAGAAGCUGGAGCAGCUGAAACUCAAGUUGAGGUCAUCAGAGCCGUGGGAUCUUGGGCUUCCGCCGGAAGAUAGUAAUUCAAGGGGUUUGGGUGGUGGUGUGGCAUUCAGGGUUGGAGAUGGGGACAGAGACCAAGAGGGUAAUGAGCACCCGAGUUCGGACUAUUAUUCAACACUGAAUUCGAAGAACUUCGCUGUGAUGCAAAAGAGCCGCCAGCGUCCUCUGGUUCCACAUUCUUCAUACUAUUUCGGACCUCCCCCUCCUGACUCCGCUUAUGGAACAGCGCCAGUAGGCCACAUCGGAGUGCAUCACCCGCGUGAGAUUGUGAGAAUCGAGCGGGACUACACCGGCGGAGAAGUGGUACAGUUCAUGCCCGUGUUUCCAUUGGAGUUGGAGGGUCGGAUAACCGCCACCCAGUUUCUCGAGACCAUCAACAACAUCAACGAGAUCUUAAUAUCGGCUUACAGCCUUCGACAUUCAUUCGUAUACAACGUUAUGGCGGUCGCUACACUCCAGCUGUCGACGCUGGUUGUGACGUCCCAUUAUACCAAGGAGAUGCGAAGGCUGGAGAGAAAGAUCGAUGAAUUAAACACACAACUUUAUAAUCCGGCUGGUCUCAAUAUAUUAUGGCCCCGGAAAGUAGCCUUUCUCUUCCUUGAAAUUGAAUACUAUGUAAGUCCUUACGCCCUGUUUGACACAAUCUAGACGUUUACGGCGAUCGGCGUAAUAGUGAUCAGAUGGAAUCGGCUUUGGAAUUGCAUAUACGUCGCGCGGGUUGUGGAGCCCAUGCCUCCCUUCCCUCUACGCUCAUUUUUAGUACAUACCAUGGAGCCUCUCUCUUGCCAUUCCCUCCUUAUCUCAAUCAAUCAAUUCCCAAUUGUACAUGUCGCCGGUUAUGACAUCCGGAUCUCUCUCCACCUAGUUGCCAUUUUCCUCCGUUAUCAUCGUUGUGUUGGUGGCAUAUUAUUUUGCACUUCGCC